GUCCACUACACCUUCUUCGCGGUUUAACAAGAUACCAUCUCUGUAAAUAUUAAUCGAAUUUACAUGGACGAAAGUACCAAAUCUUGUACAUAGAGGCGCAAGACAAUAUCCAUCUGGCCCAACGCGAAUGAUAGAAGGGAAGUCUCCAAGAUAAGAUGGCGAUGGCCAAGAAGGCACGGCAGAGAAUAAGUUAUGGUAUGUUUAAAGCCCUGAUUCCGUUUCGUGUAAUGAUGUCGCUUUGGAUUUUCUUUGACAAUUUAUGGCGGAAAGAACAAAAGAUGUCUCAAAAGCUAAUUGGUGGAUCUACUGGGUUAUAGUCUUACCACUUGCGAAUUCUCCGGGCGGACAUAGGUUGGGUGUAAAUGGUUUGGCCGUGGAUAGUGAGCAGUCAAUUUUGUGAGUUUGUGGUUUUUGUGUUGCAUCUCAUCUUCUGUUUGUCCUAUGUCAGUGGAGAUGCGAGGGAAGCAAAUACUGGCAGACAAUGGGCGCAUUGGUUAACAGGACAAAGAUAUUCAGGAGGACGAGACGGUGCUAUUUGCGCCUGGGAUCUAAAUCUUGAUCUGCGACCGAAAGAAUCCUCCGUGAGGGACCCAUUCGAAGACCCACCCUCCGAAUCUAACCCAAAGUCUGCGACUACAUUUAGAGCGCAAACUCAAGCUCACACGCACUGGGUUAAUGAUGUGGUGCUCGCGAAGAAUAACACGGCGCUGGUGAGCGCAUCGAGCGAUUUGACUGUGAGGGUUUGGAGACCUUGGGAGAAAGAUAAUGAACCGGUGACAAUUGGUCAACAUGCGGAUUAUGUGAAGUGUCUGGCCAGUCCUGGCAGUGCCGCGAAUUGGGUUGCUUCGGGUGGACUGGAUCGAAGGAUUUGUCUCUGGGAUUUAAAUGGAGCUGGAAAGCAACUUGAGAUUGAAGUGGGGGAUGAGGAUACUUCUGAGAAAGGAUCAGUCUAUGCAUUGAGUACUGGAAGCCAUAUACUAGCGGCUGGAGGACCGGAAUCGAUUGUGCGACUAUGGGAUUCGAGGACUGGGAAGAGGAUAACGAAGUUUGUGGGCCACACGGAUAAUGUUAGAGAUAUAUUGAUUAAUCAAGCGGGCGAUAUGAUUAUGACCGCGAGUUCGGAUCAGACCGUCAAAGUAUGGAGUAUGACGGCUGGAAGAUGUAUGCAUACCCUCACUAUGCAUAACGAUAGUGUUUGGUCGCUGUUCUCUGAGGAUCCAUCACUUGGCGUCUUUUACAGUAGUGAUCGCUCUGGGUUGGUUGCCAAAACGGAUAUCAGAGGUACUUUAGGAGAAUUAGAUGAUGGAAUUUCGCUGGCACUGGCGCAAGAGAAUGAUGGCGUUACUAGAGUUAUUGCUUCCGGGGAACACAUCUGGACGGCCACCUCAAGUUCCUCUAUUAAUCGCUGGGCAGAUGUCGAUACUGGAUCAGAUAUACAGUUACCGGAAGCUUACCAGCGCCAUCGUGCUACUAGCUCAGUAUCGAGACCUAGAGGGGCUUCGCCUCCUAUUACCAAUGGAAAUUCUAAGAAAGAGAUUCCUCUAAAAUCAAUUUUGAGGAUAUCAAAUACGGCAAGCUUUCCAGCGCCAACUGUAAGGGCCUCGGAUUCUGUCACCGACUUCUCAACAAUGAGCGGCGGAAAGAAAGCUUCCGAGCCAAUCGUGGAUCCGGAUUUGGGAUUGAUUGUUCCUAUUCAUGCACUACCCGAAGAAACUAUCGAGGGUCAACACGGUCUAGUGAAGCACAAGCUUUUGAAUGAUCGCAGAAGGGUUUUGACCCUAGACACUGCUGGAGAUGUGUUAAUGUGGGACCUUCUCAAGGUGAGUGAGUUCGUUCAGAAAAUUACAGGCGGACAGCUAAUACAUGAUUCAGUGCGUGCCUAUUCAAUCUUUCGGAAAAUGUCAUCUUGAAGACGUAGAGCCGGAGAUUAACACCAUGGAGGCUGUGGCGCCUUGGUGUUCAUUAGAUACUAGAACUGGUCGAUUAGCUGUCGUUUUAGAGGAGUAUAAUUGUUUCGAUGCGGAGAUGUAUGCAGAUGAACUGGAAAUAAAGGAUGAUGUCGAGUUCAGAGAAGACCAGAGAAGUAAGUUUUCCCUUUAAGGAUGAAAGGGCUAUAACGCUUACAUUUUAUGUAGUAAACCUUGGGAAGUGGAUAUUAAGGUAUAUUUUCUCGAGACUGGUUGAUGAGCAAAUCAAGAAAGAUGAAGUUCACCGCGCGGAGCUCAAUGAAAUUGUCAAAGCAAGACAAGAAGCCAAUCCACCUAUCUCAAUCAAUAUACCCAAUGCUUCUACAACUGCCUGGGAUCAACAGGGAAGCUUAACUCCUCGAGCAAAUGGUAAUAAUUAUCCUGCAACCCCAGGAAUGGGUAUUGGUAUUGCUACUCCUGGACUCGGAAGUUUUUUACCUUCCGUAUCUGAAGAUGGUGGGCCAUUAGAUAAGAGAGGAUCACAAGCAAGUAGGAGCUCAGCGGAAAAGCCAGACUACUUUGGAAGCUCAGCAAUUGCAAACGACCCUCCUAAGCAACCGGCAGUAACUAACAGCGAUAGUCAAGACCCUAAGUCUCCAGCGGUGGACACUGAAAAGGAAAGUAAUGGCAAGGAUAGCAGCACAUCGUUUGGCAAAAAGUUCCGCAAGGGGAUGUCUUUCGGAACCAAGAAACUCGGUCGUUCCUCCUCAACUACCAUGGAUAAACCAGUUGCAUUGGACGACAACAAAGACAAAGCCACAGAUGAAGGAUCCGAAACAUCUGAAGCAGGUGAUAAACUUCCUGCUGAAAAAGAAGUUGAGGAUAAUUUCAAUGGCGUGAUACAGAAAAUUCGCAAUGAAUACGAAAGAUCAAUUGCCGAGAACCCGGCUCAAGAGGUUGAGAGUGGUAUCACGCCUAGUUUGACACCUGAGACGCCUGUUUUGAAAAUCCCUGGAGGUACUACGAUUAUUAUCCAGGAAGAAACGAGUGGUGGUGUCAAGGAUCUUUACAGAGGUAGUGUAGAGACAGUAGGUGAAGAUGCCGAUACAAUUGCCGAGAAGGCUCCAAUGUGGUUGGGUGAAUUACUUCUAAAGGUAUAUAUCUAUGUGUCUCUCCCGUUUUCCAUCUCUUUAGUUUCAUUCGUCUUCUAAACGCAAAAACUAACAAAGAAACAGAAUAAAAUCCCACUUAAAGAUCCCGUCAAGGUCUCAUUCAUCCUUCAGCCAUACCAAGAUAUCCUCCCCUCUAUUGCAGGUCCGGAUGGUAAUGCGAGACUUAAUGCAAAUCGCAUGUUGAGGGUCAAGAAGAUUCUGGCGUAUGUAGCGGAGAGGAUCGAACCGGCGAGUGAGCAGCCGAAACCAGAGGUUAUGAAGCCAGAGGAUUAUCUGGAUUUGUAUUGUUAUGAACAGGUUUGUUACUCAUUUAAUUUUCCCUAUAUUCUCUCCUAUCUAUUAUCCAUCAUCAUUUCCCUGAAGUUCUGCGGCGGGACGAAACCUCCGUGGCCCGGUUCCAGAAUAAAUACCAAAAAAACCGAGACUAACCAAAUCGUCAAUCAGAAACUCCCCAUAACAAUGUCGCUCGCCACCCUGCGCGCACAUGUCUGGAAGGGCGGUGCCGAUGUAAUGUUGUAUUAUAAAAGUAAUGGGAGGAGAAAUAUUAAAUAUGAAAAGCUUACUGAGGAAUCUGUAGAGGAUUCCGGAGAUCUUGGAUCCGGGUCGGGAAUUACCGGAGCUGGUGCUGGUUCUGGUGCUGCGGCGCCAGCUACUGGGGGCGGUACUACUUCUUUCGUUGGUUGAUAGAUAUGUGCCGGAACAGGAAAGGGCUUGAGGAAGGUGAGGGGAAGAUAUCAGGGGAAGAUAUCAGGGG